AACAUAAUUUUUAUCUCAACUUAGCUAAUUUAAAAGUAGUUAGUCUCGAAAAUAACCAAAUGAACUCAUAGGGUAAUAAUACCCACAACCAUCAAAACAAAUGAAAAUAGAGUCGGAUCUAAUUCCUAUCAAAAUUGAACCAAUUCAAAGUUCAAAGAUUAGUUAUAUCAUCUGGAGAACAAAAAGAGAAGUUCAUAUACUUUACAAGAAAAGAGAAGAGUAUAUAUACAAAAGAGAGUUUCUCAACAAGACGGUCACUGCAACUCAAAUCUCCAAAAAUGGCGAAGGCAAUGGUAAUUCCCCGCAUGUCUCUCUUCUUCCUUCGCUCCAAAUCCAUCUCUUCAUUAUUCUCUCAACCUCCCACCACUAUCUUCUUCCUCCCCUCAAACCUCAAUUUCCCUUCCCUUCACUUUUUCUCUACAACUUCAACCCCAUACCCACUUCAGUACGAUAUGAUUAUAUCCCGCCCUGCUACCCCACCUUCACCAGUCCUCAAAUCCCGCCGACAACGCUUCCUUCCCAAUUCAAAUACUCACUCCCAACCCGAAUCCGAACCCGGUUCGGAACUUGGGUUCGACGAUUGGGUAGAUAGAAAAUUGAGUUCGAAGUUGUCUGGACCGGAGAGUGAACAGAACGCUUCGAGUAAUGAGAAAAUGGAUAAAGGGAAAAGGAAGUAUUAUAAUAAGAGAAGGAAAAGAAUGUUUGGUGGGUCGGAUUCGGAGGAGGAGGAGAAUAAAAGGGAUAAGGAUAAUGAGCUUGUUGAGUUGAAGCAGGAAGUUGUUGAGCUACGUACAUUGCACAAGAAGGAAGAAGAGUUGUAUUUUUAUGACAAUUUUGCUUAUCCUUGGGAGAAAGAUAAGCAUUAUAAGAUGGUGUAUCAAUUGGAGAAGAAGUAUUUUCCUGAUCAGUGUUUUGAUAAGGCUUUUCUUGAACCCGGGGAGUCGAAUGAGGAUGUAAAGAGGAGUGGAAAGAAGUUGGGGAAGAGGGAAAAUGUAAUAGCAAGAGCUAGUGAUGGUAAAAAUUUGAUCUUUUUCGACGAGGAAGAAAAAGACGCGAGUGGUGAAACUAAGGCGGAAGUUAAAGUGGAUGUAUCGGAAAAGAAAGUGGAGGAGUUCUUCAAGUGUUUGAAGAAAGUUCCAAAUAAGGAAAAUGGUGUUGUCAGUGCCGAGCCGUUUCUAGCGACAAGGAAUACAGGGCUUCCUCCUAAAUGGGAUAGUCCCGGUGGGACAGUGUUAUUAGUUAACAAACCAAAAGGUUGGACUUCUUUCACCGUUUGUGGAAAGUUGCGUCGCCUAACAAAAGUGAAAAAGGUUGGCCAUGCUGGAACACUUGAUCCUAUGGCAACUGGCUUAUUGAUUGUAUGUGUUGGUAAAGCUACAAAGAUUGUUGACAGCUAUCAGGGUAUGAUGAAGGGGUACAGUGGAAUCUUCCGUUUGGGCGAAGCCACCUCUACCUGGGAUGCAGAUUCCCCGGUUAUUCAACGAGAGCCAUGGGAGCAUAUCAAGGAUGAGGAUAUAAAGAAAACGGCAGCAUCCUUUUUUGGAGAGAUAUGGCAAGUCCCUCCGUUGUUCUCAGCAAUCAAAGUUGGUGGCGAAAAGAUGUAUGAUAAAGCAAGAAGAGGAGAAAGCAUCGAACUGGCUCCGAGGAGAAUUUCAAUUUUCGAAUUUGAUGUGAAGCGGAGUUUAGAUGACAGACAGAAUGUGAUUUUCCGUGUAAGGUGCUCAAAAGGUACCUAUGUCCGAUCACUGUGUGCAGACGUCGGGAAAGCUCUUGGCAGUUGUGCUCACUUGACAGCUCUGCGACGAGAUUCAAUUGGAGAGUAUGCAGCGGAUGAUGCUUGGGAAUAUCCAGAAUUAGAAGAGGCAAUCACCAAAGGAUAUUUGUAAGCUUUCUUGAGAUUCCAUGAGGCAGAGUUAUCCGGCACAUGUGCUGGUGGGAGGCUGCAGGUAUCAGCGGAACAGUCGAGGUGCCUACAAGCUGGCCUGGACACCACCAUUACAGCAAAAAAUUUCUUGGAAAUUCCAACAUUUUUGGUGGCAAUUGGAGAUCUAUACAUAUUUAUCUUCUAUCUAGCUACCUCAACAAAGGGAUAAUAGUAUUCUCCUCCACAUUCCUUUUCUGCUUCGUUUCUGUUGUGUUAGAACCUUUAUAAGAUAUAUAAUAGGAUGAAUUGUAAUAUAUCUUUAUAUUUCAGCCCUUGCUGAUAUCAACUAGACUAGUUGUUAUUAAUUCAAUCUUUACUAUGCAA